CCGAAUUGCCCAAAAUGUCUCAUACUACCAAGGAAUACCUCCCAGUUGUCUUCACUGAUCUCCAAAUCUCUACCAAAAUCCAACUCGACGACUUCUACAUCGAAGAGAGGUACUCUCAUACUCAAAUCAAGACUCCCGAUCCUCAAAUAGUCCCAUCAUUCAACCUCUCAACCCAAAAUAUCCAAAGUCACCUCUCCAUCCAAAACCCAACAAGAAAUACUCAACUACCAAAAGAACAUCAAAAAGAUCGUUUUCCCCAACAUCCUUCAGAGAACUAAAGAAGACAUCAAAAAGUAUCGAAAACAUCAACUCUCCCUGAUAAGCGACGAAAUCUCAAACUCCUAGCCAAUUAUUGAAUUAGAUCACAAGAAAGUAAGUAAAACCAAUAGCAAAUCUCCCCUUAAAUUCCAUUCUUAAUAACCAAGUUAUAUAAGCAAUUAGCCAAUUAGAACAGAUCUCUCCUCAUUAAUAUUCGAGAAUAAUUUCGAACCCUAUUCAAAUGAUUCCAUUCUAAAGUUUCAUAAACUUAGGUACCUUAUAAUUGGUAACUCUAGUCCAACAUUCAAUGAAAACUCUUGGUAAAAAGUCGAUAAAGUCAACAGAAUCAAUUUAGCUCAUGAAGUCUAAAAGGAAAUACAUCAUUUAGAGAGAUUCAAUACAUAUUGGAAACCAGAUAUGAUUAACUAGUAUCUGUAAUUGAAAAUCGUGUAAUAGGGAGUCAACUUUAAAAGAGGGAACAAAAGAAUAUUUAUUUUGAUGUACCUUCCUCAUCAAACCCUUGUUUUAAAAAGCUCAUAAGUAGAAGUCAAAAAUAGGUAUACCACUUAUAGACUAUCAAAUAGUUCGGUAUCAUUAUAACUCAAUGCCUUGGUGUAUUUCGCACCAAUUUAUGAGAAGAUCAGUAAUAUGAGCGAAUUAGCAGAUAACUACAACACUUGGGCCAAGCACUUCUUAGAUUUACUCCAUUACAAACAGCACAUCAAUACAGUAAAGUUCUUUUUUUUAGAUGGUAAAGAACUCUAAACCUUAAAUCAAAUACCUUCUUAUGAGAAAUUCAUCUAUUGCAAUCUCCACGUAAAUAGAUUUUAUACAUCAUAGGGAGAGUUCGAUCUUUGGAGCAGAGUUGGAUAAACUUUAAAUCUUGGAGGUUCAUUCUAAUUAGACAAAUAUGUGAAAUUAGCAACCAAGAUGGUGGACCUAAGAUCUAAGGAUGAUAUCGUCAAGUUCUUUGGCAAAAGAGAUAAUUUCCUUCCUUUUUAUUCCAUGGCUUAUAAUCAAAGUGAGGAAGCUGUAAAAUCGCCUCUUUAACAAUCCAUUGAAGUUAUACAGCAAGAUGGAGAUGACGAAUAAUUAAAUGAUGAAGUUAUUGAUCAGUCCAUUUUUCAAAUGAAUAAGAAUUAACAGAAAACUUAUCUCAAAACAAUACAGUAUUUUAUUCAAUAGAACAAAACUAAGUACUCAGUGCAUCUGGCAAAUUAAGAAGCUGGAAUGAGGCAAAGAAAAGAGAAUAUCAAAGGUAUUAGAAGAAAAUCAAUUGAAAAUAAAUUAAAAGGAGUACUCUAUUAUUUACUACAUUUAAUAGUAAAAGUAAAUGUUGGACCCUAAUGAAGAAGCUCACAUUGAAAGGAAAUUGUUGCACCAGGGCACUCAAUCAAUCGAAGAAAUUAAGGAGGACGCCGUGGAUAAAGUUGAAGUGUUUAAGAAUGCGAUAUAUAAAAAGUUACCCAAGAAGGUUGAAUUAACCAAUGACCCAUUUUCGAGCUUCUCUUCUAAGGAUAAUAAGAAAUUUAAAGAAAUUAUGAAGUUGAUUAAUAUUGAAUAAAUAGUAUUAGAAAAAAAAGUCAGCAGACAAGAUGUUAUGCAUUACCUAUCUUUAUUCAAGGCCCUUAUGGAUUCAGAUAAUCAGAACUAUUUCACUGUGGCUCAACUAGAUUACCCUUCCUUAUACAUUUCAAGAGAACAAUUAAAAAAAAGUCUGCCCUACAUAGUCUUAUACAAAAACCAAUUGAACACUGCAAAGUUGAAUGAAAUUUACGAGAGACAAUACAACUACGUGGAGUUCUUAGAAUUCUUAGAUAUUUUCACUACUGAGUACAUAGUCUCAGAUAAAGAGUUGGAGAGAUUGAAGAACUAGAAAUAAGAUUCAUAUUGA